ACAGGUCCCUGUAAUCUUGCCCCACCUAUUUACAUUUUACUGUAUAAAACCGUUAAACCGCUUGUCGGCGACUCUCCUAUCAUCGCCCAAAAAUAGUCGUGAUAGUUUGUAUCAACCUCGGCGGCAUUUCCCUCAAAAACCUCGCGAAAAAUCAGUGUGUUGUGUUAGUGCAUAGUGUGCUAUGGCAUCGAAAUCGAAAAGAAGCACGACGCCGGCAUCGCAAUCGGUGCCGGCGCGUCCCUCCAGCCCCUUGAGCCCCACGCGCCACUCCCGCAUGCAAGAAAAGGCCGAUUUACAGAACCUCAACGACCGGCUGGCCAUCUACAUCGACCGGGUCCGGUACCUGGAGGGCGAAAACAGCCGCCUGACCCGCGAGGUGCAAAAGACCCACGAGUCCGUCACCCGGCAAGUCACCGACAUCAAAUCAAUGUACGACAGCGAGCUCACCGAGGCCCGCAAACUCCUAGACGAGUCCUUCAGAGAGAAGGCCAAGCUCGAAAUUGACACGAAGCGGCUCUGGGACGAAAACGAGGAACUCAAAGCCGAGUUGGCCAAAAAGAGCAAGGAGCUGGUCCUGGCCGAGAACUCGGCCCGCAUUUGCGAAACGAGGUGCAACGAGCUCCAGAUCAAGUUCAACCAGGCCAAUGCCGACGCCAAGAAGGCCCUCAGCGGCCUCAAAGACUUGGAGAAGGAGAGGGACAAGUUGCGGAAGCAGUGCGAGGAGUUGAGGAAGCAACUCGAGGAGGAGUCGCUAGCCCGGGUUGAUGUCGAAAAUCAUAACCAAACUUUGAGGGAGGAACUCUCGUUCAAGGAUCAGGUCUUCCAGAAGGAGAUCUCGGACACGCGCACGCUGCGCCAGGUGGAAAUCAGCGAGAUCGACGGCCGUCUCGCCGAAAAAUACGAAGCCAAGCUCCAGGAAGCCCUCCAGGAGUUGCGCGACCAAUACGAGGGCCAAAUGGCAAGCAAUCGUCAAGAGAUCGAAAUGCUCUACGAGUCAAAAAUCAAAAAUCUCCAAGACGCCGCCAACCGUCAUUCCAACUCCGCCGGAAACGCCCUCAACGAACUGCGCCAAGUGCGCAACCGCAUCGACACCCUCACCAGCAAGAUAACCGAACUGGAAAACGAAAAUUCCUCGUUGCAAAAUCGCUGUCGCGACUUGGAAAAAAUCCUCGAAAAUGAGCGAAUGCGUCACGCCGAGGACUUGGCCGCUUUGGAGAACGACCUGGCGCGCCUGCGCGAGGAAAUGGCCAAUCAGCUGCAAGAAUACCAGGACUUGAUGGACAUCAAAGUGAGCCUUGACACCGAGAUCGCCGCCUACCGCAAACUGCUCGAGAGCGAAGAGGCGCGACUCAACAUCAAGCCGCACGGCUCGCCCGAGCCGCAUCAAGUCGCCCGCGGAAGCUCCCAACGACGGACACCCGUCCGCGUGGGCGCCAAGCGCAAGCGGACGAUGCUCGAGGAGAGCCACGAGCAGAGUUUGAGCGACUUUAGCGUGAACAGCAGCUCCAAGGGCGAGAUUGAGGUGGCGGAAGUGGAUCCGGAGGGAAAGUUUGUCAAGCUUCAUAAUAAGAGCGGCCAAGAGGUGGCGCUCGGUGGCUGGACGGUUACACGGAAAGCUGGCGAUGCGGAAACACUUUAUAAGUUCCAUCGGUCGUUGAAAAUUGAACCGAAUGGGUAUGUGACCAUUUGGUCCGCCGACCAGAACAGGGAACAUGAACCACCCACGAAUCUGGUGAUGAAGGGACAGAAGUGGAUGGUUGCCGAUAAUAUGACCACGACUGUUUGCAAUAAUAACGGAGAUGAAGUCGCGGUGUCUGAAAGAGUUAAAAGGCAGCUCUCGAGUUCGGUUUUAAGGCAUAGGGAGGGUUUUCUCGGUUCUGGUUCUGAAGAAUUGUAUCACCAACUCGGGGAUCCCCCAAGCGAGGAGAAGUGCCGGAUAAUGUGAAAAGUCUACCACUAGAGGGCGAAACGGUGCCAUUUUUUUCUCCCAAACGCGAGACUAAGACGGCCGUGUUUCACGGCCAACUUUGAGAUUUUUAUCCGGCUUGUCGGACGGAUAAACGUGUCGAAAUGGGGCCGCUGUGUUUAUUUUAAGGAAUAAUUGUCUUCAUAGAGUUUGUUAAAGCUAGAGAUUUUUGAUAUAUUUUUUAAUUUAUAUAAGUAUUAGGUGACCUUCAAACUUGGUGCAGUUUGUAAGACUUUUCUCUUAUUUUUAAACUAAGCAUUUUUAUACCAAGGAUUGUCGCUCCUGGUUUAGACGUAAGUUUUGGAUUCCUUUUGUAUUUUUUCUGUGUUCAAAUAAAUACUUUAAUCUAG